CCAAAGGAAGUAUAGAUACAAGAAAAGCAAUGAGUCAGUUUUCGUUUACUUCUUCUUCGAGCUCUAAUUUCACUCUCUUCUAUCAUUCUCAGAAUCAUAAUCCUUCAAAGUUUCAUGUUUCUGCCCCCUUUAGAACAUCCCAACCUUCGCCUUCACAUCCUAUUUUACCUCCCUUAUGUUCCCGUGAGCCGUCUUCAUCAUCACCACUUCUUGAAGAAAAGCCAGAAACAUCACAAUCUUCUUCUAAGUUUGAUCCUCAAGAUAGACUAAGUUACAAUGAUGAAGUUGCUGAUGAGAUCAGCACUACAAAGAAGUCCUUGGAAGAGUUACUUGUUGUUCGUAGGCCGGUGAAGGAUCCUAACGUGGCAAAUGAUGAUGAAAAAGGGGAAGCGGUGAGUAACUUUGAGGAUUCUCAAGAGAGAAAUGAUCUUCUGGAAGAACAACCAUCUUCCUCAUCAUUUCCACUUGAUGCCGGCCUUAAGAAAUUUGCAAAAAAAGUGCCAAUUUUUGAGCCAAGUAGGCUGGAAUCUGACUCCGGAGAGAAGCCACUUAAAGUCAAUUUAGAUUUAGCUCUGUAUAAGGCAAAGAUUUUGGCUCGAAAGUUUCAGUAUGCAGAUGCAGAGAAAAUUUUGCAACAGUGUAUUGAUGUCUGGCCAGAAGAUGGGAGAUCAUAUGUUGCUUUGGGAAAGAUUUUGAGUAAGCAAUCAAAACUAAAUGAAGCCAGAACUGUUUACGAAAAAGGCUGCCAGGCAACACAAGGAGAAAAUCCUUACAUUUGGCAGUGUUGGGCUAUUCUGGAAAAUAGGAUGGGUAAUUUACGGAGAGCUAGAGAACUAUUUGAUGCUGCGACAGUUGCUGACAAGAAGCAUAUUGCAGCCUGGCACGGAUGGGCAGUUUUAGAGCUAAAGCAAGGGAAUAUAAAGAAGGCAAGAAAUCUUCUUGGCAAAGGCCUCAAGUUUUGUGGAGGUAAUGAGUACGUAUAUCAAACUCUUGCGCUCCUCGAAGCUAAAGCAAAGCGAUACGAAAGAGCCCGCUAUUUGUUCAAGCAGGCGACAAGGUGUAACCGAAAAAGUUGUGCUAGUUGGCUGGCAUGGGCUCAACUAGAGGCUCAGUUAGAGAAUAACCGUGCUGCUAGGCAGCUAUUUGAGAAAGCAGUUCAAGCCAGUCCGAAAAAUAGGUUCGCGUGGCAUGUGUGGGGAGUUUUUGAAGCUAAUCUGGGAAAUAUUGACCAAGGACGGAAACUUCUGACAAUAGGGCACAUGGUGAAUCCUAGAGAUCCUGUUCUUCUCCAGUCACUUGGUUUGAUAGAAUACAAGAACUCCAGUGCAAACCUUGCACGAGUUCUAUUCCGAAGAGCAUCUCAAUUGGAUCCAAGGCAUCAACCAGUUUGGAUUGCUUGGGGUUGGAUGGAGUGGAAAGAAGGAAACAUUUCCACUGCUCGGGAACUAUACCAGAAAGCUCUAUCGAUCAACUCAACAACUGAAAGUGCUGCGCGCUGUCUUCAGGCCUGGGGUGUUUUGGAGCAAAGAGCUGGAAAUCUAUCAGCUGCUCGAAGAUUAUUUAGAUCGUCUCUGAACAUAAACUCUCAGAGCUAUAUAACAUGGAUGACAUGGGCAAAUUUGGAGGAAGAUCAAGGCAACUCUAUCCGUGCAGAGGAAAUUCGUAACCUCUACUUUCAACAGCGUACUGAAGUUGUUGAUGAUGAGUCGUGGAUUAUGGGCUUCUUAGACGUCAUUGAUCCAGCGAUUGACAGCAUAAAGAGGCUCUUGAAUUUAGAUCAAAACUCUUAUUACAAGGUAAAAGAGUCUACUUCUAAUACUACUGCUGGAGACGACGUUGAGGGGAGCACAGAAGAAUCAGCUUCCCCCUCCUCGGCUAAUGUCAAGGACAAUAACAUAGAUACAGGAAGUGGCUUUGAUUUAGAUGAUUUUAUCCGCAUAAUGCUGUCUUUGGACCCUUCAAAACUGGAAGUUCAGCUUACAACAUCUCUUAAGGAUCCUCCGAAAAUCGCCAGAACCACUAAUGGGGUGUGGCGACCAGCGACAAAAACUAGUAGAACAUCAACAACACUUUGAUUUUACAACAACAACGACAUACUCAGUGUAACCUCACUAGUGGGGUUUGGGGAGGCCGGAGGGUGAUGUGUAUGCAGCCUUACCUUUACCUUGCGAAGGUAGAGAGACUGAUUCUGACUCGGCUCAAGUGAUUUUAUGAAGUUUAUUGUUCUUUAGUGGGAAUUGCAACAUUCAUUAGUAUUGUCAAAUGAAGAAAUCUUGGACCACAUUUUGUAAAUUAGUUAGGAAUAUUGAGAAGAAUUGUAUAAAUUUGAUUGUGAAA